AUGGCUCUGAGCGACGGUGAUCCGAUUCGAGCAGUAAUUCGUGGUAGCAACGUUUACUCGGAUGGUCGCACUCCGGGAGUGACGAUGCCGUCUUGUGAUGCUCAGACUAGGAUGAUUCAGAGAGCCUACAAACAGGCAGGCAUAAGCCCAAAUGAUACCACUUAUGUGGAAGCGCAUGGAACCGGGACCAUAGUUGGAGACAAAAUCGAGGCCACUGCUCUGAAUGAGACCUUCUGCAAGGGAAGGCAGAAUGGAAAUAUCCUGCUCAUCGGGAGCUCAAAAUCUAACGUGGGACACACUGAGAGUGUGGCUGGAUUGGUGGGCUUGAUCAAGGCCGUAUUGAUACUCGAGAAGAAAAUGAUACCUCCUAAUGCCACGUUCAUGAAACCGAAUAGCGACAUUCCACUCGAAGCAUGGGGCAUGGAAGUGCCCAAAAAGAUGCUGAAGUGGCCUGAAAAUACCGUCCGCCGCGCUUCAGUGAACAGCUUUGGAUAUGGAGGUACAAACGCUCAUGUUAUCCUGGAGGCAGCCGAUGAUUACCUCGAAAAUCUCGACAAUACGAUGCGAAGACGUCCCCUGUGUGAAGACAUCGGAGGUUCACCGGUUAUAGUUCCACAAGUUACUGAGACCAGUCCAGACCGAACCGAGGCAGAACGAACAACGCAGAUCAAUGGUCAUUUGGUUCAACAGACGUCCCUGAAACUUUCAUCAACAACUAGCAUCUCGAAGCCGCGUCUUUUCCCGUUCUCGCACAAUAAUAAAGGGGGAGUUGCAGCACUAGCAGCUGAUUUCAAACGUCAUAUUUCUAACAGCCUGCUUGAUACUGAUGAAUCUAUGGAUAGUCUCGCCUUCACACUUUCGGAUCGGCGAUCGUCCCUGGAUUUCCGUUUCUGUGUAACUGCAUGCUCUCGUGAUGAGCUUUUGGAAAGUCUGGAGAAGAUAGCCACAGGCUCAGAUCAGGCACAAAAGUACGAUGAACUACUGGAAUUAUGCUUUGUUUUCACAGGUCAGGGUGCUCAGUGGGCAGGAAUGGGCCAAGAACUGCUAGUCAUGUACCCUGUCUUUGCCGAAUCAGUGAGGCAAUCAGAGAACUACCUUAUCCGCCUUGGUGCCGACUGGCGUUUGAUGUCCGAGUUGGGUAAACCAAACGAAUCUUCUCGAAUCAACGAAGCUACCCUGUCUCAACCUUGCUGCACAGCCAUCCAGAUUGCACUCGUUGACUUGCUCAAGUCUUGGGGUAUUCGGCCCACCAUAGUGUGCGGACACUCAAGCGGGGAAAUCGCAGCAGCAUACGCAGCAGGUAUCCUUACGGCAGAGAGUUGUAUGAAAGUGGCAUAUUUUCGUGGCCAUUCCAUGAAACUACUGAAACAUCAGAAUCCAGACCUCUCUGGUGGAAUGCUUGCUGUUGGACUUUCAGAAAGUGGAGCCAAAAAAUAUAUUGAUAAAGACACUGCUUCCGGGAAGGUGGUGGUGGCUUGCGUCAACAGUCCGUCAAGCGUCACACUAUCUGGAGACAAUGAAGCGUUGAGUGACAUUCAGAGGAGACUUGCCGAACGAGAUGUUUUCCACCGCAAGCUGGCUGUGGACGUGGCCUAUCACUCCCGUCAUAUGGAAUUGAUCCUAGAAGAGUACCUGCGCGCCAUACAAGACAUCAAGGCUUCACAAUGUGACCAGCAUAUUCGAAUGGUCUCUUCCGUCACUGGGCAGGUUGUUCGAGGCGAGGAGCUCAAUGCGGCGUACUGGGGCACAAAUCUGACAUCCCCUGUCCUUUUCGAAGAUGCUCUUACAGAAGUCUUCCGCACUGUGCGAGCCAAUCAAAAGCAAAGCAACUCAUUUGCCGUUAUCGAGAUUGGUCCUCAUUCUGCACUUGGAGGUCCUAUUAAACAGAUUGUUAAGAACUUGAAACUCUCGGGAUCAAUCACCUAUCAUUCGGUGCUUUCGCGGGGUCAAGAUACAAGCAAGACCACUGUGGGUCUAGCUGGAGAUCUCUUCAGUAAGGGAGCCACCAUCAAUUUCAGGGAAGUAAACGAUCCUCACGAUGGUGCGAAAAAGCGAGUCUUAACAGAUUUGCCAACAUACAAUUGGCAUCACAAGACGACUCACUGGGUUGAGUCCCGCCGGAGUAAUAAUUAUCGGCAUAGGAUCUUCCCUAAGCAUGAUCUUUUGGGAGUGCCUAGCAUCGACAGUAUACCCACUGAACCCACAUGGCGCCACUAUCUCCGUGUUGAGGAAUUGCCUUGGCUCAAGGGACAUUGCAUUGGAGGAGAAACCAUUUUUCCAGCUGCUGGUUAUAUUACCAUGGUUUUGGAAGCUCUAAAGCAACAAGUCCUCAGUGACGGAAAGGGCUGGAAGAACAUGCACAUAAAAUUCCGUCAAGUCGAUUUUGGCCGACCCCUCUGCAUUCACGAUAGCUCUGUCGGUGUGGAGACCCUAGUAACUAUCCGACCUUACACAUACACAGCACGAGAAUCUUCAGCUUCAUGGAAGGAGUUCCGAGUUUUCUCGGUGCUGGCCAACGGAGAAUCAACCGAGCAUAGCCGGGGUCUAGUGACUGCUAGCAAUCCUUCACUUAACGAGCACCAACAAAAUAUCACAGAUCCUGACUCUCUCGAGUUCAUUGAAGAAGCUACCAAGAACAGUCGAGUCGUGCUCAGCCCGAAACAGCUAUACAAAGAACUCAAAGGGCUGGGCAUUGAGUACAGCGGCCCGUUUGAAGGCCUGGAACAUAUUCGAGCAUCUGAAUCUGCAUCGACGUGUCGAAUCCGGGUUCCGGACGUUCAGGCCAUUAUGCCAUCGAAUCAUCAGCAACCUCAUUGCGUUCACCCAGCAACAUUAGAUCUUUGCUUCCAAGCUGUCUUCUCGGCCAUGAGAGUUGGAGGCAACCUGCUGGGUACUUUUGUCCUCAGUGGAAUUGAUGACCUUCAAAUCUCAAGCGAGAUCCCAUCUCAGCCUGGCAAGGGUUUGUCAGUUGCAACAUCUCUUCGGGGCCAUGGUCAUUCCAAAUGCAUGGCAGAUUUAAUGGUCUCAAGCUCCGAAGGUGGGGCGACUGAGGUUUUCAUGAAAAUGAAGGGGCUCAUCGUCACUAGGACAAGCGGAAUAACUCAGCGGAAUGCCACAGAGCGUUUGAUCAAUGGAGAAUCACUGUGCCAUCGAUUGGAGUGGUCCCUUGACCCGACUUGCGCAAAGCCUCAGAACAUCAUCGAGCGUUGUAUUCCCGACUCAUCAGAUGGAGUGAAAACAGGAGUAACAAGCAUGUUAGAGCAGUAUUGCAGAGCUGUCAUUGAAAACACACUUUCAAAGCUCUCUACUGGCGACGAGCAAAAGAUCACUGGCCACCUUUCUCACUUGCUCCGAUGGAUGAAAUCAAUAGGAGCAGAAAGUCGCCAGCCAAUUCAGAUCAAUAAUGCACUCAAUGCCAAGAUCAAGUCCCUCGGAAUCUAUGGCGAGAUUCUGGUUGACAUAGCACCUCAGCUACCAGGUGUUCUCCGGGGAGAGAUUGAUCCUCUGGAACUCCUCCUGGAGAAAGACCGUCUAUCCCGGCUUUACGAGCCUGAAGGCUAUUACAGAUGUUAUGAGCAGCUUGCCAAAUACAUCAAACUUCUGCAAUUUAAGAAUCCAAAUCUUCGGAUCCUUGAAAUUGGGGCAGGAACGGCAGGCACGACGAUGCCGAUUUUAGAAGCUCUUUACAGCAACAGUGGCGUCUCCGGAAAGACAAGACGGGAGACAUAUACCUUCACUGACAUUUCGACGGGGUUUUUUGAGAAGGCAAGGGAGAAAUUAGAGAAGUUCCGUGAGUCUCUAGAGUUUCAGAAGCUUGACAUCGAAAUCUCACCGAAAGAGCAAGGCUUUGAACUCGGUUCUUAUGACCUCAUCAUUGCCAGCAAUGUAUUGCAUGCGACUCGUGAUAUCAACAACACGUUGAGAAACGUGAGGGACCUGCUGAAAUCAAAUGGUCAGAUUGCUCUGAUGGAGGCCACUGCUCUGAAGAUUCACUCCGGAAUCAUAUUUGGCAUGCUACCCGGAUGGUGGCUUGGAACCACUGACGGCCGGGUGAACUCUCCACUUCUCGAUAUAUCUGGCUGGCAAGAUAGGCUUCGCCGCUGUGGAUUCUCUGGAAUUAACUUCGAGAUGCAUGACUAUGACUCUGUUGAGGACCAUCAGUUAAGUGUCAUGAUUUCUUCAGCAACUACCCACUCAGGGCUGCCUUUGAGUAAACAGGACCUUAUCGGAAGCAUGGCAACCGCUUCAGAACUCUCCACUGCAGAUUGCACUGGUCUUGAACUUGAGUCAGGACUCUCCGCACGCCCAAAGCCCCUGACGGACCCAGUAGGGGGCCCUCCGCAGACCAUAGUUAUGGUCAUUGGCAGUCAAGAGAAUAAUCUUAUUGCAGACCAUGUGGCUGACCUAUUGCCCUCUAUCAAGCCCAGCAUCCAUGGGAAGAGAACCACUUUGGUUGAAGCGGAGUUGUCGGAGGAUCAGCUAGCGGUGGUACUAUUAGAGGCAGUAAACCCAUUCCUCGCAACAUGCUCGAAGAGUGAGUGGAAAAAGGUACGGCAUAUACUUUCUAGCGCUGCUGGCGUUUUAUGGGUCACCUCUGGAGGUGCAGUUGAAUGCACCAAUCCUUUACAGUCGCUCAUUGUCGGCCUGACGCGCUGUCUGCGAUCAGAAGACCUGUCUGCCAAGGUCGUCACGCUAGAUCUGGAACCGAAUCACGGAUCAGGGCUCGAUGUUGCUGAGCAAAUUAUCGGCGUGCUUGACCAUGCAUUCGGUCUAUCUGCUCCUCAAUCUUCUGCCUUGUUGGAACUUGAAUACGCGGUCCGCAAUGGUGAGGUUAUUAUUCCUCGGUUAAUCAACGACAGUCAAGCCGAUGAAUACGUCAAAGACAGUACAUCGACCUACCAUCCCCAGAACAAGCAGGGAAUUAAGUCACGUCGUGCGUUGAGCCUCAAGAUCCAUGAACCCGGGCUUCUUGACUCACUCUACUGGGCCGAUUCUGAGCGGCACUCGCAGAGACUUGGAGCAGAAGAAGUCCGGGUGGAGCUCCAAUAUGUCUCUCUCAACUUCAAAGACAUCAUGGUCGCAAUGGGCCAACUGGGAGGAUACACAGCCAUGCUGCUGGAAGGUAGCGGGAAAGUUGUUGAGGUUGGUGAAGCACUCCGCGAUCAGUAUGCUGUCGGCAAUUCGGUCUACGUAACCCAUUCGGACGGCCUCGCAACGACAAGCGUCAUUGACCAGUGGAAUGUUCAUCAUAUACCCAAGAAGCUACCGAUAGAAGUUGCCACCGCCAUCCCCACUGCGUAUGCGACAGCUUUGUAUUCGCUGAGGAAUGUUGCCAAUCUGCAAGAGGGAGAGACCAUUCUAAUUCAUUCUGGAGCUGGAGCAGUUGGCCAAGCUGCUAUUUCCAUAGCUCAAUAUCUCAAAGCCGGCGCGAUCUUCAUCACGGUAGGCAACGCGGAGAAGAGAACACUCGUGAGAGAAAAAUUUUGGAUCCCAGACGAGAACAUAUUCUCGAGCCGCGACCUCGGCUUCGUCGAUCAGAUUCUUCGUAAGACGAAGUAUCAUGGUAUCGACGUCGUUCUCAACUCGCUCAGCGGUGAAGCUUUACAAAAGAGCUGCUCUCUCCUCGCGCCGUUUGGACGGUUUGUUGAGAUUGGCAAGAAAGAUAUAAUCUCCAAUGCGAGGCUUGAAAUCGGAUGUUUGGAAAGGAAUACCACUUUUACUACCGUUGAUUUGACGCUGCUUGCGAAGUGGAAGCCGGCUGUCCACCAAGAACUCUUCCGAAGUGUCUUCGACCUCGCCAAUAAGGAGAAGAUCAAAGUCCUGAGUCCUAUAACAAUAAAUGGUCUCUCAGAGCUAGAGGAUUCAUUCAGGAUGAUGCAGGCUGGGAAACACAUGGGGAAACUGCUGCUCAAGCUGGACCCUGAGAUGACCUUUCCUGUUCAACCCCAACAGCCACCGGCUCCUAAGUUGAAAGGAGAUUGCUCCUACCUGGUGGUUGGCGGUACUGGCGGCCUUGGCAGACUUAUUAUCAAGCACCUUGCGAGUCUUGGGGCAAAACAAAUCAUAACCCUGUCUCGAUCUGGUCCUCAUGGUCCGGUUAUGAGAGAAUUGGUAGAAGAUAUGCAUGCUGCCGGGGUCAACGUUGUCGUUUGCAAGGGCAGUGUUACGGACACUGUCGCAUACGAGUCGAUUAAGGAUCAGGCCAGAGAAUUUCCGAUCAGAGGCAUCAUACAAGGAGCAAUGGUGCUCCAGGACUCACGGGUGGACAAUAUGAGCUACGAGCAGUGGCGGGCUGCAAUGGAACCGAAAGUUAUAGGAACAAUGAAUUUGCACCAAGUGUUCGGAGACACUUUAGAUUUUUUCAUCCUCCUUUCGAGUGUUGCCGGAACUAUUGGCUCUUAUGCCCAGGGUAAUUACUGUGCUGGAAACACUUUCCAAGAUUCUCUCGCUCGCCAUAGAGCGUCUCAUGGUCUGCCAGCGCGGUCUAUCGAUGUUGGCUUAGUGGAAGGAGCUGGCCACACAGCUGAGAACCCAGAUGCCAUUGACUUUGUCAUUCGCCAAGGACUGCAGUCCUACAAGGCCGAGGAAUUUCUGGCCACAAUCAACGAGGCGAUACAGAAUCCCUUAGCAUCCAGUCCUUCGGCGGCGCAGCUGGUCUGCGGCACAAGCCGAACUGAUCCAAGUUCUUCUGCCAAUGAAGCAUCUCUGCAACGCCCAGAUCCCAAAUUCUCGCACAUAUGGACGAAAUCAAACCACCAAGCAUCUACAGAGAUUGGAUCAAAACAAGCCGAUAUCUCAGCAAUACUUGGAUCAGCAACUACGGUGGGUGAAGUCGAGGAAGCAACGCAAGCCGCAAUAACGAUGAAGCUUUCUUCUCUGCUUGCACUGCCAGCGGAUGAGGUAUGCACAGAUCGAUCAAUAGCGAGCUAUGGAAUGGACUCUCUCAUUGCGGUAGAACUUCGCAAUUGGAUAUUGACACGAUUGGAGGCCCAUGUCCAAACACUCGAGCUAAUGAGUCCAAUUACCAUCACCGAGCUGUCAAACAGGAUCGCUAGAAGAUCUCGGCUGGUGGCGACCGGUCUUUUCGGUGAGGACAAGAUAGAUCAUAGUUAG